GCCGGCCUGAGCAUAAAAGCUAGCUGCUCUCAGGAAGAGGCCGCCAGUCGUUCGCCCCCAGUUCCUGCACCGCUCGGUUUACGGCAGCUCUUCUGACUACUCGAUCGAUAUCCACAACAUUCGCAAUGUUUCCAACGGUCCAAGUGCUGUUAGUCUGCCUCAUCGUUGAAGGCUACGGACUGCACCACCAUCCGUUGAAUCAGGCUGUAUACCCGGCGUCCGGCUUCAGCGGCUACAAUACUGGCGCUGCUCCUUACCAAGGAUACAACGCCUACACCUACCCACCUCACCCGCACAACUUUGGCUACGACAAUGUGGACGAGUACGGCAAUCGACAGAUCCGCAGCGCGCAGAGCGACUCCAAAAAGACCAAGACCGGUUUGUACGGCUACCGCGACGUGAAUGGCCUCUACGGGCGUGUGAACUACAUCGCGGAUAUGUACGACUUCCGGGCCACCGUGGACGCUAACGAACCAGCUGCCACUCUUGAAGAGAGCGCCGACGCGGUUUUCAACGUUGCACCAGUGGUCCAUCCGGUUCUUUCAGCAGCUGACCGGAUUGGUGCACCUACAGCUUAUACCGUUAGGGUGGCGGCCCCUUACAACGCUGGUGGCUACAGUGGUUACGCCAAAUACGGAUACAACCCCAACGCAGGCGCUGCUGGAGCCUACGCAUACGCUCCGUUCGGACGUCAAGGAAACACUGCUAGCAGUCCAUCCCUCGGUGGAUACGCUUACGGCGGCCAACCUCCCUACAGCUUCACUGCCGCCGGCUACGGUGCGAGCAACCGCCCUGGUGUCCACGGCGCACCUGCCGUUUACGGGAGCUGGUCUUCCAAUCAUCGUGGCUACCGGCGUCGAUAAUGCAUGUCUCUUAGGCCACGUGAGACAAGACAAACGCCAGAUGCUGCCGUUGGAACUUUUGCGCUGUGCUUGAUGUGACAGAUUGUAGCAGGGCAUAUAAAAAAUAAAGAUAUAGUUAAA